CUCCUUUUGGUUGUUCAUCUUUCUAUUCGCAUCGUCUGGUGGUGGAGUCUUUUUCUCUUGAUUGCUUAUCAUACUCAGUGGCCCUGCUACCGUUUAUCCCAGCCAUGGCUUCUCUCCGUCUCUUUCGACCAGCAGCUCGUCUGCUUUCUUCGCGCCUUUCCGCGACUCGUCCUACCUUUCCUCAGACUGCCUGCACACCUUCAAUUUUGCGCUUUCGCGGAUAUGCUACAGAGAACGGUACCAAGGAGGUCACUGUACGAGAUGCCUUGAAUGAGGCCCUCGCGGAGGAGCUGGAGCGCAACCAAAAGACAUUUAUUUUGGGUGAGGAGGUUGCACAGUACAACGGAGCAUACAAAGUCACUCGAGGUCUUCUGGACCGCUUCGGCCCCAAGCGCGUUAUCGAUACACCUAUCACGGAAGCUGGCUUUUGCGGUCUGGCGGUCGGAGCUGCUCUCGCUGGAUUACACCCAAUUUGUGAAUUCAUGACUUUCAACUUCGCAAUGCAGGCUAUCGAUCAAAUCAUCAACUCUGCAGCCAAGACGCACUACAUGUCCGGCGGCAUUCAGCCUUGCAACAUCACCUUCCGUGGUCCCAACGGUUUUGCUGCUGGUGUUGCUGCACAGCACUCUCAGGAUUACUCCGCUUGGUACGGCAGUAUUCCUGGUUUGAAGGUCGUGGCUCCCUGGAGCGCUGAGGACGCUAAGGGUCUCAUGAAGGCAGCUAUUCGUGACCCAAACCCCGUCGUUGUCCUUGAGAACGAACUUCUAUACGGCCAGGCCUUCCCCAUGUCUGAGGCUGCACAGAAGGACGACUUCGUCCUCCCUAUUGGCAAGGCCAAGAUCGAGCGUCCCGGCAAGGACCUGACAAUCGUCUCUCUCUCUCGCUGCGUUGGACAGUCCCUCAACGCUGCUGCUGAACUGAAACAGAAAUAUGGUGUCGAAGCUGAGGUUAUUAACCUCCGUUCCGUCAAGCCUCUUGACGUUGAGACGAUCAUUCAGUCUCUGAAGAAGACCGGCCGCCUGAUGUGCGUCGAGUCUGGUUUCCCUAUGUUCGGUGUUUCCUCCGAAAUUCUCGCUCUGUCCAUGGAAUACGGGUUCGACUACCUGACAGCUCCUGCCGUUCGUGUUACUGGUGCUGAGGUACCCACUCCUUACGCUGUGGGAUUGGAGACUAUGAGCUUUCCCCAAGAGGACACCAUUGUUGGCCAGGCUGCCAAGCUUCUCCGAUUGUAAAUUUUCUGGUUCUGAGCAGUUGAGUGGAGCGGGUGAGACUUUCACGGCGUAACUAAAUAUUUACGCCUAUUUUUGUCGUUGUUGCAGUUACUUUCCAGCUUGAACAGGUUCAUGAUUUUUGUACUAUUACUUUGAGCAUCAUUUAGACCAAAAUCCCGAGCAUGUUACACCAGAUAUUGCUUAUUUUUACCGUGAAUAUGAGCUCUC